ACGUCAGACGCACAGCGUAAAUGCUCACUCAUGCAUGUUAAAUAUUCAAAGUGCCUGUUUUUCGUCGUCUGCUGUUAUAUCAUUCUUGUGGUAGUUUCCGGAGCAAGAACUGAUAUGUGAUAUUAUUUGAUACUGAGAAUACUUAAACUUUUUGGAGUUUUUUACUUGAUUGAACAAUGGAGAAUACGACCAGCACAACGGAAAUUGUCUUUGUGAACAACACUUUGACGACAUCAAUAUGGAACUCAGACUCACUGGAACUUACUACUCCUGCAAGCGGUAACUGUGAAUUCGUUGUCAACGAUACAUCUCUCCAAAUAUGUAAGGAGCCAGAAUAUUACUCGCUACCAUUUACUGUGAUAGCAACUGUCUUCUACAUUCUUGUCGGCCUAAUUGGCUUUAUUGGUAACGCCAUGGUAAUUGUGGUUGUUCUGAAAGUCAAAGGGAUGCGCUCACCAACUAACUGUUAUCUCGUUAGUUUGGCAAUUGGUGACAGCACUUUGUCUUUGAUCUCGACCUUGUUACAUUCGCUGCCAGAGCUGUACUUACCGAACGUUGGGUUUCCGUACGGCAUCUUCGGUUGUAGAUUGUUCAUUUUCUUGGAAUACUUAAGCUACAAUAGUACAGCGCUAUCAAUAACAGCAUUUACUGUCGAACGGUUUAUUGCCAUCUGUUACCCAAUGCGCUCGGCAACUAUCUGCACCAACUCGCGCGCAAUUCGCAUCAUAUCUGCGAUAUGGAUAUUUACUAUCCUGUAUUGUCUGCCGUGGUUAAUCUUUGUUCGCAUUGUCGAAACGCAAUAUGUAAAUGGUCAUGACCCAUCAUACUAUUGUCAAUACAUGGACAACAAAGAAUUGUUAUACAAAACAAUUUACAUGCUGGACUUUGCUUUGUUUUACGUGAUGCCAACAGUUGUGUGCAGUGCGCUGUACACCGCAAUCGGAGUGGUUUUGCACCGGAGCACUAGCAGUAAGAAAUUGAACAAGAAUAUGGAUGUAAACACGAAAUCAGGAAAUGGAACUGGCGUAACUGAAUGUGACACUAAUGCAAACUCGCAUGUAAGAGACAGGAAGAACUUCGGUACAAAGAAAUCGAUUCAAAAGAAAAAACAGAGUAAAAGAUCGGCUGUGUCGUCGAGAAAACAGGUCGUGAAGAUGCUCGUCGUUGUGGUGGCGCUCUUUGUGAUGUUGUGGGGACCAUAUCGUAUUUUGAACUUUUAUACGUACAUUUGGGAUCCAACAGGCGAAACCAUGCCGAACCUAUUCCCUUGGUGGAUGUUCUUUAUACGCAUUCUUGUUUUCUUGAACAGUGCCAUCAAUCCACUUAUCUACAAUUUCAUGUCUGUCAAAUUUCGUCGGGCUUUCGCAAAAUUGUGCAGAUGCGGCGGAAUACUGUGCAUCUGCUCAUCUCACACACACGUCGGACAGUCAAGUCAUUUUAGACCGGUUUCAACGAAAAGCAGAAUGUCUCUGCGUAUUAAAGAAAACGAUCGGCAUAGCAGAAAGUUUAUCCAAGCACAAUACGUGGUGACAAGGACUAACAUGAUAUGUACAAAACGAACAGAAUGCUAUUUAAAAAUUUCAGAAACUGAAGAAUUUCACGUGAAUACAAGGAGAACGAAAGACAGUUUGUAGGGGUACAGAAUUUUAUUGGAGCAGGCCUACAUCAUCACCAGCUACAUCGUCAGACAAAAAAAAAAAGAAAGAAAGAAAGAAAGAAAGAAAAAAGAA